AUGACUAUCUAUUUUGCAAAUUUAUUACUUCCCGCAAAAUUACCGACUGAUUGGUAUAAAAAUGCCGAAGUUUGGCACAUUUUGAGUAGUUUAGCUUACAAAGUUCCCAUCAAUAUGAAGUCUUUCGUUGGAAUUUUCACUGCUUUUGCCAUUUAUUUGAUUCUUGCAGCAUCAGCGACAAGUGAAGAAAAUCCGUUGGAUGGAGAAUUCUCCAAUGAAUCGAAUUUAAAUGUAACUUCAAGAAUUCUCAACGGACAAGUGGCUUCAGCAACGCGUUUUCCCUAUUUUUGCGAUAUAACAGGCUACACAUUGCUGGAUAUCCUAAAUCCUGCAAGGAAUAGAGUCUAUAGUCGCUGUGGUGGAGCCAUCAUUACAAAGAAUUGGGUUAUAACUGCAGCACAUUGUCUCGUUGAGAGGCGAACAUUGGGCGUCCUUGUAAUUUUGAAUUCCUUCAGAAUUAUCGCAGGAUCUGUGGUAAAUGGCGUUGCAGGGUCCAACGGUCAGACAAGAUACGUCCUACAAAAUAAUGCCCAUCCUCAUGCAUUCUACAAUCCUUCAACACUAAUUAAUGAUAUUGGCCUCAUUGAGGUUCCAUUGGAUUUCAAUCUAAAUGGAAUUUUUGUGGCUGCCAUCCCCUUACCUGCAUACUCGGUUAACCUUGGAGCAGGUGCAAGCCAACAGCUGACAGUGAUGGGAUUUGGACGCACAGAAACCGGAGCCACAUCAGCAGUUCUACUCUCGGCAACUCUUAUUAUCACUGCUCAGAGUCAGUGCCAAGCUACGUACCCAUUAACAGCAACGACGAUCUUCUGUGCUCAAGAUACAACAGCACCCAUCAGUGCUACCUGCGAUGGUGAUUCCGGUGGUCCAGGAACAAUCAUGGUAAACAACCGGGAGACUCUCUAUGGAAUUAAUAUUCUGGCAAGUCCUGGUGGAGCGGCAUGUGGGACAACCCCACAGGGCUUCACCAGUGUUCCAAUGUUUAUUGGAUGGAUUGAAGCUAUACAGGAGGCAAAUGGUUACUAAAAUAAUUUGAUCCUUUCCGCCAUUUUGGUAUCCCCUUCAUUUUAAUUCCAAUUUACUUUUUUUUUUCAUUGAAUUAUUCGUCUUUCGUCAUUGAAUUAUGUCGAAAUCUUCAGUUUGUUUUAUUCUUAAAAUAAAUUUAU